AUGACGUCGAGCGAAGGCAGUCCACCCUCCUCGAAAUCUCCUGACCUUGCGCUGGUGGAGCAGACUCCAGAAGAAAGAGAAAGGAUUUGGAGACUCAACGGCGAAUCCUGGAGCGGUCCUCUUUCGCCAGAUCAAUAUGUCGGACGUGAGAAGCAUUUGAGCAGACAACUACUCACGAAGAAUGGUGGAGUCAAUUAUUGGAUCCUUACCGAUACUACCAAGCUACCAAAUGAGCGCCCCAUCUUCUCCAGCUGCGAGUCUUAUAAAAAGAGGGCGCUGGUGAAGAGGCCAGAUCGAGACGUCAUGGAUAGCAUCAGCUAUAGCAUAGGAAGCGUUUUCUGCGACCCUAAAUAUAGGGGAAGGGGAUACGCUAGAAGAAUGAUGGGUGAGCUGGGCAAAAAGCUCGACCAUUGGAACCAAUUGGGAGGACAAGAAACUAGCUUCACUGUUUUAUACUCAGACAUUGGGAAGAUCUUCUACACUAAGACUGGUUGGGAGCCCUUCGAAUCAAGCCACAUUACCCUACCUCCUAACCAAGAGUUCAAUCUCAACCCCAUGACGGAUUUUGAGCUCUUAUACGCCAGCGAUCUUGAACUCUUAUGUCAGACAGACGAGAGAAAGCUUCGCAAAGCUAUGAGUACGCGCGAACCAGAGUCUGAUACUGUUGUUGUCGCUCUCAUACCCGAUCUGGCAACGAUCUCGUGGCUGCAUGCUCGGGAAGAAUAUGUGGGCCUGGAGACGCGAGGGCGAGCACCGAAAGUCAAAGGCGCCUUAGUCCAUAGUGACGGCGGACGUUUUUGGUGUAUUUGGUCUCACUUCUUCAGCAAAACGGCAGAGGAAGGUAAUGUUUUGAGCAUUUUACGAAUAGUGGCCGAAGACGAAGGCGGAGAGGUUCUAGCCGUGACAGAUGGAAACUCGGCGGCUAUGCCAGCUACGAACACAGAUCCCGCGAAUGUUUCUGGAUUGAAGAAACUGCUGCAAGCUGCUCAAUCUGAAGCUGCUAAAUUGGCAAUGAAUGAAGUACAAAUUUGGAACCCUAGCCAUUGCGUGUUGGCAGCGGCAACAAUCAUCAAUCCGCACAUCCAUGUCAUUCAACGCGAUCAAGACAGCAUCGCUAGCCUUAGAUGGCAUGGCUCGAAAUCGAAACCAGACACUAUUAGCUGGAUUGCCAACGAAAAAUAUAGCUGGUGCUGA